AACCCAUGAACACUGAACUAAAAAAUGACACUAGUGUAGGAAAGGUUAACUUCAACCGAUGAACACUGAGCACCGCCGUCACUUUACAGUGUCACCGCCAGUUCCCGGCGAACAAAAACACAACCCAACAACAGCAUGGAACUGUUAUCUAAGAGAGCUAUCAAAGCAAAAAAAAUUCCAAGAAGCUCUAACCGUAUACCGUAACAUGCUCCGAUCAUCAUUCUUCCCCAACACAUUCACCUUCCCUGUUCUUCUCAAAUCCUGCGCCCUCCUCUCUCUCCCCCUCACCGGUUCCCAGCUCCAUUCCCAUGUCAUCAAAACCGGUUCACAACCCGACCCAUAUACCCAAUCAUCCCUCAUUAAUAUGUACUCUAAAUCCUCUCUCCCUCACUUUGCCCGCAAAGUGUUCGACGAAAGUCCUGUUAACCUUACAAUCUCUUACAAUGCUAUGAUUUCCGGUUAUUCUUCAAAUUCCAUGAUUUAUGAAGCGGUUAACCUUUUUCGGAAAAUGUGUUGUGAAAAUCGGUUUUCGGUUAAUUCUGUUACAAUGAUUGGUUUAGUUUCUGGUUUUAUGGUUCCGGAUCAGUUAAGGAUCGGCGCGUGUUUACAUGCUUGUGGUUUUAAGUUUGGUUUUGAUUCGGAUAUGUCAGUUGGGAAUAGUUUUUUGACAAUGUAUGUUAAAUGUGGGGAAGUGGAAUAUGCGCGUCAAUUGUUUGAUGAAAUGCCUGCGAAGGAUUUGAUUACGUGGAAUGCUAUGAUUUCUGGUUAUGCGCAAAACGGUCAUGCUAGACGUGUUUUGGAGAUUUAUCGGGAGAUGAAGAAGAUAAAUGGGGUGAAUCCUGAUCCUGUUACGCUUCUUGGUGUUUUGUGUUCUAGUGCGAACCUUGGUGCGCAAGGAAUUGGUCGUGAGGUGGAAAGGGAAAUUGAUCGAUUUGGAUUUCGUUCGAAUUCUUUUUUAAUGAAUGCUUUGAUUAAUAUGUAUGCUAGGUGUGGUAAUUUGGUACGUGCUCGCGAGGUUUUUGAUUGUAUGGAUGAGAGGAGCAAGAGUGUUGUGUCUUGGACUGCUAUUAUAGGUGGGUAUGGGAUUCAUGGAGAAGGUGAGACUGCGGUGGAUCUUUUUGAUGUAAUGGUUAGAUCUGGCGUGAGGCCGGAUAGAACGGUUUUUGUGAGUGUUCUUUCGGCUUGUAGUCAUGCUGGAUUGACUGAGAAAGGGUUGCAAUAUUUUGAUGAUAUGCAGAGGAAGUAUGGUUUGCAGCCUGGUCCUGAGCAUUAUUCUUGCUUGGUUGAUCUUUUAGGUCGGGCUGGUAGGUUGAAGGAAGCAAUGUAUCUCAUAGAUUCAAUGAAGGUCAAACCCGAUGGUGCUGUUUGGGGAGCACUUCUUGGUGCUUGCAAGAUUCAUAGAAAUGUAGAACUAGCAGAAGUGGCUUUUCGACAUGUCAUUGAGCUUGAACCUACAAAUAUAGGUUACUACGUUUUGUUGUCAAAUGUGUACUCUGAUGCUAAAAACUUAGAGGGGGUUUUGAAAGUUCGAGUCAUGAUGAGGGAUCGAAAGCUUAGAAAGGAUCCCGGGUGCAGCUACGUGGAAUAUAAAGGAAAAAUGCACCUUUUUUACUCAGGGGAUACAAGUCAUCCCCAGAGUAAGGAAAUAUAUAGAAUGUUGGAUGAAUUGGAAACUCUUGUGAACGAGAUUCAUCAGUCAGACCACAAGUGUCAGGGCAAGAGCGAAGAACCGUUAGUCGGUGCUAGUGUGCAUAGUGAAAAAUUAGCAAUUGCUUUUAGUCUAUUGAACACUAGGCCUGGAACAGAUAUAACUAUCAUGAAAAACCUGAGAGUGUGUUUGGAUUGUCAUGUGUUUUUUAAGUUGGUUAGUAAAAUUGUCAAUCGCCAAUUUAUUGUUAGAGAUGCCACUCGCUUUCACCGGUUCAAGAAUGGGGUCUGUUCUUGCAAGGACUACUGGUAAGAAAAGAAAGAAAAAAAAACAUUGCAGCACAAAACUACUUGAAACUGUGAUGUGUUUUGAUGGACAACAAUGAUGUACCACCCCACGCACCUAGUUGAUUGUAUCUGUUGGUGAGUGACGAGGAUUGAAAGGAGAUAUGUUGAGAAAUUUUUGAGAAUAUGCAUAACAUGGUCCUUUAUAGGAAAAUGUUUGAAUGUUGAAAGGAAGAGUGCAAUUGUAACACAGGAUUUGUAAUUUUUUGCUAAUAAGAGAGAAGUGUGAAUGACUCCCUCUAUAUAUGGGUGGCAUUCAACAUUUGCUACCGUAGCAUAUAGUGCAACAAUGCUGUGUCUGCAGAGAGUUGGUUAUGAUAAUUGAGAAAAAACAGGGUUCAGUUUUCAGUAAA